AACCUUAUUAUUCUGCUCUAAAGCUUCAAAAAAUCCUGAUCCAGAGGCCAUCUGCUGCCAUCUGGUGGACCUUCACUCACCUUACCGUAUGGGAGAUAGAUAAUGAUGUAAUUUCCGGUGAUACGCCCGACUCCAUUUUACAAGAUAACAAGUAGGGUGUUAUGGACCCGCACCAAAAACAGAGGGCUGUAAACGGCAUGAGCGUCUAAGUGAGAUUGUCUUCAGUUAAAGUGGGCCUCCUCCUUCUUGGCUGAAAGAUCUUUUUUGGACACAUGUCACCCUACAUCUCGAAUAAAAUGCCACAAUAAGCAUUUGGUGGCUAUCUCUGUCAGUGGUUGGACCGAAGGUGACCAUGACAAAGAUCUAAGGAAAGUCUUUGGAAGUCUCUCUUCUUUCAAAGGACUCAAAUAAUUUGGAGCUCCAUCCCCCACCCCCACCCCCCUUCAUGAAAACCAGCAAAGGAGUCGACCACUAGCAUGAAACAUGGACCAAGGUGCAGUUGACAGUCCUGUCACCCUUGUCAUCAAGGCCCCCAACCAGAAGUACGAUGAUCAGACCAUCAACUGUUUCCUGAACUGGACUGUGGAGAAGUUGAAAAAACACAUCUCAAACGUGUACCCCAGCAAGCCGUCAUCAAAGGAUCAAAGGCUGGUCUACUCAGGACGGCUUCUCCAAGACCACCUACAGUUGAGAGAUGUCUUGAGAAAGCAAGAUGAGUACCACAUGGUCCACCUGGUGUGUGCCACUCAAAGUCCCCCGGAGUCCCCCUCCACCCACAGCAGUGGCAGUACCCCUGAGGCGCCGGAGGCCAGCCCUGUGAACUUCGACAGUUCCAGCUCCUCCUCUUCAGCCAGCUCACCCAAUCAGGAUGGCCCAUCCACCUCCACCACAGGAAGUUCUGAUGGCCUGAGGCAUCGGGGCCCCUCCCACACCCAUGCAGUCAACCCCGCUCCCCCUGGCAUCAUGCAAGAGCCAGCAGGAUUCCAGUUCCCCAUGCAAGCUGGGGCACCGCUCCCUGCCCACCCGAUGUACAUGCCUAUGCAGAUGUUGUGGUGGCAACAGAUGUAUGCCCGUCACUACUAUAUGCAGUAUCAGGCGGCGUUGGCAGCCUCUCAGGCCCCCAUCACCGCCCCGUCCCCCUCCCCCAGUGCCAGUGUCUCCCCACCUCAGCCCCCCCAGGCCAACGACCCCCCGGCUGCAGCCCCGCUGGGCCCCCACCACGCCCCCAACCCCGCCGCCGCCGCUGCCCCCGAGGACCGGCCGGCCAACCCCAACGUCCAGAUGAACGCCCAGGGUGGGGCGGUGCUUAACGAUGACGAGCUGAAUCGUGAUUGGCUGGACUGGAUGUACACGGUGUCGCGCGCGGCCAUCCUGCUCAGCAUCGUCUACUUCUACUCGUCGUUUGGCCGCUUCGUCAUGGUGAUCGGGGCCAUGCUGCUGGUUUACCUGCACCAGGCAGGAUGGUUCCCCUUCCGUCCGGAACAGAAUCCCGGAGCAGGAGAGGCACCCCAGGAGGAGGGCGACCGCCACAACGAUAUGCAGGAGAUGGAGCGCCUGAUGGAUGACGGCGUGGACGAGGAGGACGGCGAGAGCGGAGAAGAAGGCCAGGAGGACGGUGCUAACGCUGGGCCACCUUACCCCGGCUUCCUGGCGGCAACCUGGUCCUUCAUCAGCACCUUCUUCACCUCACUCAUCCCCGAAGGCCCCCCCCACGGUGCCAACUAGGGUGUGUGUGUGUGCACGUACGUGUGUGUGUGUGUGUGUGUGUGUGUGUGUGUGUGUGUGUGUGUGUGUGUCUAAGGAUGGGUGAGGCACAGAGGCCUGAGCCGUGUACAGCGAACAGUGAAAGCGGGAAGCGAAACAAACCAAGCUAAUAAUAAAGGAAAGAGGAGCCACCACUGAGAGUCAUGGUUGUGCCAUGUGUGGGCAGGUCAUAAAUGCUGCUUUUAUGUGUCAGUACACAUCCCCUCUGCAUUAGUUACUAAGCCUGCACUUCACUAUGAUUUUUUAAUUCUGCUUUUAUUUUUAUUUUUGUUUUGAUCAUGUAAGAAGGUACUUUUCAGUGGACUGGCAAUGUCUGUGUCUUCCAUAUUUUUCACCUGUUUGAUAAAAAAAAGUUCCUCAAAAGAAGACUAACAGACGCACACUGACACAUACAAGCAAAUAGGAGAACUUAUAUAUAUAUAUAUAUAUAUAUAUAUAUAUAUAUAUAAACGCUAUGUAUAGCAUAUUUAAACAUAUGGAUCUCAGUACAAGAAGGCAAUGCUUUUUUGAAUAAUAAAAAAAAAACUUGGAGUUUCA